GGACAAGCGAUAUUUUUACAUUCAUUCUCGAUCUUUCCCGAACUUUCCAUCGUCUCCUUAAAAAACCCUCUCCCCUCUCAGACCCCUCCUCCAUCGUAUCUCCAUAGCCAUAACAAUCUCACAGUCCCUCUUCGCCCCCCUCACCUGAAUCUCUCUUCUCCUCUCUCUCUCUCUCUCUCUCUCUCUGUGUUCCGAAUCCAGCAUCCGGGAAUGGCAUCUGAAUCAUCACCAGCUGACGCCGGGGACAUGGAAUUCCCUCCCUUCUUUCCUUUCGUCCUGGCCUUCGCGACCCCAGACCCGGAUCCAGCUGGAGAUUCUCUCGACCCGGUCCUCCUCUUCGACCGGGCGACGCGCAGCUUGUUCGUAAUAGACUCCCUGCCGAUCGCCGACCUGCUCGGCAAAGAGGGCCGCCCGCCGGCGUCGAAGGCGUCCAUCGAUGCCCUGCGGAGCGUGGAGAUCUCUGAAGGCGGGGAGAAGAGCGAGUGCGCGAUAUGCCUGGAGGAAUUCCAAGUGGCCAGGGAGAUGCCGUGUGGGCACAGAUUCCACAAGGAUUGCAUUGAGAAGUGGCUGGGGAUUCAUGGAUCUUGCCCUGUUUGCAGAUAUGAAAUGCCGGUGGAGGAGGCGGAGAAGAGCGAGGAUGGUCGGGGGGGACGAAGGGGUCAGAUUUUGGUGAGUUUCACUCUCAGCCGUAGGAGGAAUGUAGGAGGGGACACUGAUCACACUGCUGAAGAAGCUUAGGGACUUUUUUGUUUUUUUUUUUGCUUCCAAUUAUGUAUAUAACACUCUCUCUUCAAUCUAAACUUGAUUUCAUUUCAGUUCUCUACUUCUUCAAAUUAAAAUCAUGACUGAUUUUGAGCUGAAUGUUGAGUGAAUUUUGAUAGUACAAAAGUUGUGAUAUUUGAUGAUGAUUCAUUAGAGUUCAAGAAAAAAGUUGUGAUUUA